AUGCGACGAAUGGUGAUUCUGUUCGCGACUCUCUUCCUUGUCACUUUUUGCGAUGCUCAAUGUAGGUUUUUCCAAUUUUUCUGUAAAGUUCUUUUUUUUCAGUUCUCGGCUUCCCGCCACCGCGUGAGUUGUUUUUAUCUUUUAUUGAUAAAAAUUAAAUCUGAUAAUCAUUCAAAAUCAAAAAAAAAAUCGAGAGAACAGUAGCGGCCAGUAGAGACGCCAGAGAAACUAAGGAAUUCUCUUUCUCUGGCUUCUCUUCAAGCUUGCACUAAUCUCGCGUAUUUUUUCUCACACUUCUCGAAAAUUCAGCGUCAAAAUAAACUGUUCUUCUUGUCUUCAAGUCAAUGUGGAAAAUUUUAACAACUUGACAUAAUUUUCAAAAAAAAAAACUGAAAAACAAUUUCGUAACACUAAGUAAGUUCCCCAAGGCUUUGAACACAUUUUUGAUUUGACCAUGAAUUAAUUACGGUAAAUUAGAAUAUUAAGUUAUGAAAAGGCCUCUAGUUUGGGUCCUUGAAUGAAAUGACAGGAAAACUCUAUCUCGUAGUUGUUAAAAUUUAAAAAAAUUCAACCUACGGCCUAAAUUUUGAGCUUCAAAACCAGGCUUUAAAUUUUACUGCGCCUUUUUUUGAAAAUAAAGCUUUUUUUUUUCCUGAAUGAAGUGAUGGACCGACAAUUUUUGAGCUUUCCUUCAAGUUUCAGUCAUUUUAAACUUUUUUAAAGGCAUACGGAAAGUAAAAAAAUCGCUUUCAUAAGAUCGAAAUAUUUUGAUAAAACUUUUCCUGUGAUCACAAAAAGUAUCGGAAAUUCAAAAAGUAAAAAAAAUAGUAAUGUCCUCUUCAUAUGUACUUUCUCACCCGUCAUAUUGAUUAAACACACUGAAUUGUGUUGCCUGAACAAGAAUUCUCGAUUUUUGACUCCCUUAUGCCUUCAACGUCUCAAUGACCUUCCUCGUAAUACUGACCUAUCCAUUCAGCAUUCUGGCUGAUGCGACCCCCUUGGAGUGGCUUCAGCGGAUGGGGUCGAGGCGGCGGCGGAGGCUGGAAUGGAGGUCGUGGUAGGGGUGGCGGUUGGAAUGGUAAUCGAGGCGGUUGGGGCGGUCGGAAUGGCGGCGGCUGGAAUGGCGGCGGAGGUCGAGGCGGAGGUCGAGGUGGAGGCUGGAACGGCGGAGGCAGAGGAGGCGGUCGUGGCGGAGGUCGUGGCGGGGGUCGAGGACGUGGCUGA